GCUGUUCUCUGUCCUGCUGGCAGUUUUAUGUUAUUGAAAGAGAACAACAGCAUGGGGGAAGCCGAGGUUGUUCCAGCCGACGAAAAACAGGCAGACUCGGGGAUCAGUCACAUCGAAGAAUCGGUGGUAUGGAGUCAAGAAGUCGAGGUGUGCCUGUUCCAUGCAAUGCUAGGUCACAAACCCGUAGGGGUAAAUCGUCACUUUCACAUGAUCUGCAUCCGGGAUAAAUUCAGCCAGAAUAUUGGGAGGCAAGUGUCAUCAAAGGUGAUCUGGGACCACCUGGGAACUAUGUAUGACAUGUCAGCCUUGCAUGAGUCUGAAAUAUUGCCGUUUCCCAACUCAGAGAAGAGCUUCAAUCUUCCAGACGAGAUUAUUCAACAAGUAAAAGAAGGUAAACUGGUAUCCGAGGACGACGUGAAAGACGAUUUCAAAGAAGAACGAGACCCCCCAGCCAUGCAUGAAGAAGGCAGCAACUCCUCAGUGAAGAUGACAGAGAGGGUAGGCAGCAAAGACAAGGACAGAGAAAGAGACCGAGAGAAGGGUUCCGCUGAGGGCGGCCCGGGGAAGGAGGCAGCAGACAAGAGGAAGAGGAACCGUGCCACUGAGAAGGUGCUCAACUCCAGCAGCAACCCCUCCAGCCCCGGUGGAGCCAAGCGGAGAAGGACAUAGGCCAAGCCACCAGGAGGCGCCCUCGAGAUAUCAUCCACUGCAGAGAGCAGGAGACACCAGGGAGAGGAGGAGAGACCUGGGACUGGAGAGACUCAUCUGUGAAGCCUGGAGGGAAGAGGAGGGAGAGAAUGACAGGAGAGUGACAUUUUAAUAGUAAUAGAUUAUAGAGCUACUUGGACAAUGCUUAAUUUGUGGACAGGUAUCCAGGAUACCUCAUGAAGAACUUUUAAGCCCACAGAAGCUGCAAUUUUAGUAUGUUGUGUUUUCUCAGAACAACUAGAAAGAUGUAGCAUUCCCUGUUGCCACACAAUCUCUGAAAGCCACACCGCAAAAGCAGUGUGAUGACUACAACACUGAAUCGUAUCGGUCAUGAUGAUCAAUACACUCACAGCAUCUGGUAUAUUUGGACCAUCCCGUCCCACCAGUCCUCAGCUGUGCUGUGGAUCAGAGGCCAGCAUGACAGUUUACUAAUAUUGACACAAUUCAAGCUGACGCAUAUCAAUGCUUCUGCAUUGAUGUCAGAAUAAGUGUAAUGGUACUAGUGCUUGUGUUAUGUGAAGUUCUCUUGUUUGGCCUCAGAGAAAUGCUGGACUACUAAAUCCCAUCAAUACACUGUAUGUGACUGGCUGGACGCUUGCAUUAAUUCAUUGUCAUUUUUUUUAGUUCUGAACUCUUACAAGUGGUUAUAAACAAAUGUAUAGAGCUACUCAUGGUAGUGUACCUCAUCCACCUCUUCCAGUGACUGCCAACCAGAUGGUCAUUGUGCCUCCUUAUAUCUGUAUAAACUGUAGUUGCUAGUGGUGCAAAAUGUUGGUAAUUUUCCUUCUUUUUUCCCACAGUCAUUAUUUGAUGUAAUUUUGUCCUUGGGGAUUAUUAAAUCAGCAUGUUUUGGUAAUUGCUCCAAAUAUUUUUUUUGUCUGUCUCAAUGACUGACUUCUCAGAAUCAAAUAAAACAAUGUGUAGCUGUAGUCUCCAUCCAUGUGAGAUAUGUUAUUUUGUUUGUCUAUUUAUUUGACAUGCUCCAUUUUAAGGCAUUAAAUAUGAGUUUGGACUAA